AGUCAAUGUCUGCAGCCACCCAGAAUAAAACAAUGUGUGGAAGGAUGAGUGGAAAUAGUGACACUUGGCUAGACCUUGGAUAUUUUCAGAAAGGAACAAGAAUGGCGUUGUUUUCCUGUGGCAUUGGAGUUUAUAUUAUGUAAAUGCCUCUGUCAAUAAGGUGCCUCACGUCUGGAACUUUGUUGCUUGCAGGGACAGCUGUGCUUGCAGUUGGGCUAUGGCUUCACUUUGAUUCACAGACCAAAAGCAUCUUUGAACUGGACUCUGACACGAAGUUUUACACAGGUGUUUACAUCCUUAUUGGAGCUGGUGCCCUUAUGAUGCUGGUUGGUUUCUUGGGAUGCUGUGGUGCAUCACAGGAAUCUCAGUGUAUGCUUGGCCUGUUCUUCUUCUUCCUUUUUGUGAUUUUUGCCCUUGAAGUUGCUGCAGGGAUCUGGGGAUUUUCAAAUAAAGAAAAGAUUACUGAUGAGUUAAAGGAGUUCUACAUGGAUACCUACAGAAAGAGAACUCAGCCAGGUGCCAAAGACACCUUGAAAGCAUUUCAGUUCACUCUUAACUGCUGUGGCCUUACUGGAGCUGUGGAGCAGCAGUUCAUGGACACGUGUCCAGCAAAGACGCUGUCUGAGUCAUUCUCAGUCAAGUCCUGCCCUGAUGCCAUUGAUGAGGUCUUCAAAUCCAAAUUGAAUGUCAUUGGAGCAGUUGGCCUUGGUAUUGCUGUAAUGAUGAUUGUUGGCAUGAUAUUCAGUAUGGUUCUGUGCUGUGCCAUCCGCAGAGAAAGAGAGAUGGUCUAAGAGCUGCAAACCUAAGAUUCCUGCACUAUAAAAAUCCUCACCAUUAACUUUGUGUUCUAAGAGCAUUUCUAAAAUGUUAUAUAUUGUUACCUUUUUAAUGCUUUAUUUGGUACUGAUGUAGGUUUGCUUUUUAUGUUACAGGUUAAAACUAUAAAGGUUUAUCUGACUCAAGACAAGCAUUGUACAUAAAAUAUGACUUUCUUGAAACUUGCAAAAUUUGGUUGUAAUUUACGUUGGAGACAAUUUGAUACUUAAUAAAGAGUAAGAUGUAUUGUUUGUGGGGGAGAGGAGAUACUGCUAUGUUGAUUAAUCCCACUGUUUGAUGCAUAGCAAGGAGUUGAAGUUGCAUAGUAUUUUAGGUGUUUUUGGAAUAAAGCAGGAAAUCACUCCUA